AUAAAGAACAGGCGUAGAAGAAACGCGAAAGAAAAAUGGUGAAGAUAAGUGCAAAAUGCAUUGGAGCACUUCUGCUGUGACCCAAUACGAUUAUUUUCAGCCAUUCGUCUUCCAGAGAAGAAAGAAGUGGACUUUCCAGAGUUUGUGUUCGAGCUGAAGAAGGAUGGGAGGUGGAAAGGACAAGCACCAUAGUCAGGAAAAAGGAUUCUACACUAAUCUUGCAUCCUAUGGCGCCGGCCCUCAUGGAGCAUACCCUCCUCAGUACCCUCCACAAGGAUACCCUCCACAGGGCUACCCGCACGCCUAUCCACCAGCUGGAUACCCUCCCCCAGCUGGCUACCCCGGGGCAGGCUACCCCCCGGCUGCAUAUCCUCACGGGCAGUACCCAUCCGGCUAUCCCGGUUCCCAUUCAGGGCCGGGAUUUGGAGCAAUCCUAGCGGGAGGUGCUGCGGCAGCAGCAGCUGCAUACGGCGCCCACCACAUGCCACACGGAGGAUAUGGUGGCUACCACCACGGGAAGUUCAAGCACGGCAAAUUUGGCAAACACAGCAAGUUCGGGAAUCACGGGAUGUACGGGAAGCAUAAGUUCAAGAAAUGGAAGUGAUAAUCCCACCCCGGAAACAUAAUUCGCUCGCCCCGGCGCCAACUAUCGCUCUUAUUACAGUACCAUUGUUCUUACAUUAGCCUGUUUUUACAAGAUUCUCGCUUUAAUUUAAGACCGCAUGGCAUGGAUACAAUAGCCUUAUGCAGCUUAAUUCUGGGUAGAAUUGCUGCUGUCUGAAUGAUCUAUAUAUGAAUAAAAGGCUUGGUUAUGUUUCAAACUAGCUAUAAUAGAAAACAUCGAUGGAUUCAGACAAGAAUGGUUGUAAGGAGUCUUGUUGGUGCUGCCUCAACAUCAGGGUGUCUUUGUUGAUUUCAUUUGUCAAGUUGCCCUUUUUUAUCAUUAUUAUUGUUGUUGUUA